AUGGUGUUCCAUGCGAUUCCAUGCGGUUCCCCCCGCCAGGUGCGGACCAUCUGGCGUUUGAACCACCGCAGUUUGGUGUCUCUCAUUGGGUGGUGUGCGGAGCAAGGAGAGCAGCUGCUGGUGUAUGAGUUUGUGCCCAACGGCAACCUCUAUGAAGCCCUGCAUGACCUCUCCCGCCCACCGCUUUCCUUUCUCCAACGUGUCCACAUCGCACUGGGCAUCGCGCGUGCUCUGCACUACAUACACGAGCAGGCACGGGAUCGCAUGCUCCACAGAGAUGUCAAGUCGCUCAACAUUCUGCUCACAGCAGAGCUGCAGCCCAAGCUGUCUGAUUUCGGCCUAUCCCGCAUGUUGGAAGGAGGAGAAGCGAGCUUCUUCACACAUGGGCUGUCAGGCACGAGGGGAUAUCUGGACCCGGAGUUCAUCACCACACACCGCGCCUCCACCAAGACCGAUGUGUACAGCUUCGGUGUUGUUCUCCUAGAGCUCCUCACCGGUCAGCGCCCCUUGCUCUACGUUUCACCCCCAGCCGUUGCUGCUGCGCCACAGCCAGCUCACGCUUCUGUAGAUAUUGUCGAUCCCCGCAUGCCAUGUCAGCAGCCCGAAUUUCCGCCUCAGCUGGCUGAGAUUGCUGACGUGGCAGUGUUGUGCACGGACCCGAUUGGUUACCGCAGGCCUGGUAUGGGAUCUGUGUGCUCGCGUCUGGAGGCCAUUCUUCACUCCCUCACUCCAACACCCACCAUGCCUCACCACCAUCCCCUUUAUCAGCUCACUUCUUUACCAGCCACAGCACCAUCUACUGGUGUUACCUCCACUGUAGCAGCUUUGUCUGGUUAG